UCCUCCUCCUCCUGUCUGUUCUGUGACAAGUUACUCAAUUCUGUGCAAGACACAUUCUCACACUGUCAGAUGGACCAUAAUGUGGACAUCCCGGUUUUUGUAAAGAGACGCAAACUGGAUGACUAUGGCUAUAUAAAACUAAUAAACUACAUACGAUCUGUGAGAUGCAGCGGAGAAAGCCUCUUAGGUACACGUGAGGAUUCUCCUCCGUGGGACAGCGACGAGUACAUGAAGCCAGUUCUGCAAGAUGACCCACUGCUCCAGAUUGACGUCGAGGAGCUGUGUGAGAUGAAUGGCCUGGUGGCGGAUAUCUCCAGUGCGAUGGAGGUGGAUCCCGAGUGUCCCGCUGGCCUUCUCCACCGAGCCCAGCAGGCAGAGGAGAGGGCGGUUCGCGCAGAGGAGGCCUUGGCCAGGGCAAUGGAGGACCUGCACAAGCUCAAACUCUUGGCGCAGAGCUUGGUGAUGAGUACGGAGUCCGGCCCGGGCCCCUCGUCCGCAGGGGCCGUCGCCCGCCUGCAAGAGGGCGAGGACGAGGCCUACUUCAGCUCCUAUGGCCACUACGGGAUCCACGAGGAGAUGCUGAAGGACAGAGUGCGAACCGAGAGCUACAGGGACUUCAUGUACCUCAAUCCCGAGAUCUUCAGGGACAAGGUGGUGCUGGACGUAGGCUGCGGAACCGGGAUUCUGUCCAUGUUUGCUGCCAGGUCAGGGGCCAGGAAGGUGGUAGGAGUGGACCAGUCGGAGAUCAUCUAUCAGGCCAUGGACAUCAUCAGGUCUAACAACCUUGAAGACACAAUCACCCUGGUCAAAGGAAGAAUCGAAGAGGUGGACCUGCCUGUGGAAAAGGUGGACAUUAUCAUUUCAGAGUGGAUGGGUUACUUCCUCCUCUUUGAGUCCAUGCUGGACUCGGUGCUCUACGCUCGGGACCUGUACCUGGCCGAAGGAGGAUCAGUGUAUCCCGACCGGUGCGCCGUGAGCCUGGUGGCUGUGGGCGACAUCCAGAAGCACCGGGAGCGCGUCGCUUUCUGGGAUGACGUCUACGGCUUCAAGAUGGCUUGCAUGAAGAAGGCCGUGUUGCCGGAGGCCGCGGUGGAGGUCGCGAAGCCGGAGACGCUGAUCUCGGAGCCAGCCGUCAUCCGGACCAUCGAUUGCAACACGGUGUGCAUCUCAGAGUUGGAGUUUGCGGCUGACUUCUCCUUAAAGAUUUCCCAGAGCGCCCAGUGCACAGCUAUUGCUGGAUACUUUGACAUUUUCUUUGACAAGAACUGCGACAACAAGGUCAUGUUCUCCACGGGCCCACGGUGUACUAAAACCCACUGGAAACAGACUGUGUUCCUCUUGGAGAGUCCUAUUGCGGUGCAGUCAGGCGAGAACCUGCAAGGGCGAAUCUCUGUCCGCAAGAACAGAAAGGACCCGCGCGCACUGCUCAUCACCAUCAGCCUGGGAGAUCAGAAGCAGACCUACAGUCUCCAGUGAAGAUCCCCCCCCCCCAUUGAUAUUUCACGCAUGCCUUCUCCAUGUCAGUCAUUAAAGUGCAGUUUUACAGAAGCUCUGGCUUGACACACACUUCUGAGCACCUGCCUACUCUGCAGCUUCCUGUUCGCAGGUAAAUUCGGGAUGAAUUACAGUUAGCCACAUACCGUAGGCUUGUGUUCAGCCUUCACCCUCGGUGCUGAUACCCUGCAGUGCAGGUUUUUGUUACUACAGACUGAAAAUGAAUGGCUUACACACCCCCUCAUUGUGUAAUGUUCUUUCUUGGAAAUAAAUGAAUUCUCAACCCUU